AUGGCAAGAGCAUGCGAAGACAGGCUCCAAUGUAAGCACUGUCCAAUGAGAUUUGGCAGUUACAAGUCCACCCGACAGCACGAGCGGAGGGCACACCCGGUGGAAUACGCCGGUGAGAUCGAGAAGAUGCGCGGUCCUCUGCCAGAACCAGAGAUCUUGCAGAUCAUGGCGAGGAUCGAAGCCCGUGAACCAGCCGGGCGUUAA